AUGAUAGCAAAGCAAAAGAAACCUUAUACUAUCGGUGAAGAAUUAAUAAAACCGUGUGUCCUAAAAGCCACGCAGAUAAUUUUAGGAGAAGAUGCAGAGCAAAAAAUGAAGUCUAUUUCUCUUUCGAAUAACAUAGUCAAGCGUAGAAUCGAUGACAUUGCAGCAGUCACAAAUAAAAUUAAUAAAGUUCGUUACAUCGGCGGAUAUAUCAUUCAAGAAGUGAUUUUGUACUCACAAUCUCUGACAGCAGCUACUACAUCUGUAGAUAUAUUUAAUUCAAUAUCAAAUUUUGUUGAAAAAAAUGAUUUGGAUUGGAAGAAACUCAUUGGACUUUGCACAGAUGGCGCACCUGCAAUGAUAGGUGUACGAUCGGGCUUAGCCAAAAAGCUCAAGGUUAGUACACGUUGUGUUAUUCAUCGGCAACCUUUGUCUUCCAAAACAUUGCUACAGAAAUUAUGCCAGGCUUUGGACUCGGCUAUAACGUUUGUAAACUACAUCAAGAGCAGCGCUUUAAACAGUCGGUUAUUUACUUUGCGUUGCGAGGAUAUCGAUUCUGAACACAAAGUUCUUCUGUUCCAUACAGAAGGACGCUGGCUGUCCAAAGGCAACAUGUUGACUCGCCUUCAUGAAUUGAAAGAAGAGGACUAA